AUUUCAGCUAUGAUGCUGAUUUAUUUGGUUCAAGCAAACCCAAUGAACAAAAACAACAAGAUAAUGAUAAUUGGAUUUCGUCACUUGAUCCAAAGAUGCCUUCAAAAGUGCAACCACAGAACGGUUCAGAUACAUUUUUACGAUUGAUGUCACAACAAGUUGAUAAGGGAAAUACAUUCAAUAAUUAA